GGAGGAGGAGGAAGAGGAGGACACUCCUUCGGCCUCGCUGGCUCCUCCCGCUCUCGCUCGAGGCUCCCGACGCUCAGCCAAAAACCCAAACCCGGCGCUGGGGCUCGGCAGAGGCUCCGACGGCUCCCGGCCCCGCUCCUCGCCCAAAAAGCGUCUUGGCCCUCGCGCCCCGGCGUCUCAACCAUGGCAAGAAACCACCAAGUGCAGAAGGCCAAGCUGGCCGAGCAGGCUGAGCGCUACGAGGACAUGGCGGACUUCAUGAAGGCGGUGGUGGAGCACGGGGACGAGCUGUCCAACGAGGAGCGGAACCUCCUCUCCGUCGCCUACAAGAACGUGGUGGGGUGCCAGCGCUCGGCGUGGAGGGUCAUCUCCAGCAUCGAGCACAAAACCGAAGAAGGGGACGACAAAGCGCAGCUGGUGAACGAGUAUCGGGAGAAGGUGGAACAGGAGCUGAACUCAGUCUGCAACAACGUCCUGGACUUGCUGGACAAGUAUCUCAUCAAGAAAGCGAGCGACGCCGAGAGCAAAGUCUUCUACUUGAAGAUGAAGGGCGAUUACUUCCGAUACCUGGCCGAGGUGGCCAGCGGAGACAACCGCCAGAAGACGAUAGACAACGCCCAGAAAGCCUACCAAGAGGCCAUGGACAUCAGCAAAAAGGAGAUGCAGCCCACGAACCCCAUCCGCCUGGGGCUGGCCCUCAACUUCUCCGUCUUCCACUACGAGAUCGCCAACGCCCCCGAGCAGGCCAUCUCCUUGGCCAAGACCACCUUCGACGAGGCCAUGGGCGACCUGCACACGCUCAGCGAAGACUCCUACAAGGACAGCACCCUCAUCAUGCAGCUGCUCAGGGACAACCUCACGCUAUGGACAGCCGAGUGCGCCGGGGAAGACGGCGGCGAAGCUGGCGAAGAGCCCAAGAACUGAGCAGCCGCCCUGCAGCGCGGAGCCGGGGGACCGGCCCCCACCUGUCCCCGGCCCCCAGCCCUUUGGUUUAAUUUUUGGGGUUUGUUUUUUUUUUUUUUUGGGUUAUUUUUGGGGGGAAGGUGUGUUGUCUGCCCCACAGCCCCCCCAGUCUGGAUGCCAGGAGCGGGGAGGCUGUGCGUGGCGGUUGCUGGGUGGCUUUGGCAUGGACCCCCCCCCAGGCUUUCCCUCAUCCUCUGGGGAGGGGGAAGGGAGGGAGAGGAGGUGCCUCCCUCCUGCACCCCCCCACUAUUUAACAUUUUGGGGGGGGCAGCCCAGCCCAGCGUGUGCCAACCCCAAAACCCCCGUCCCGGAGGGCUGGAGCCGCGCCGAGAGGAGGUGAGGGGCCGAGCCGGGGCAAUGGGGGGUCCAGGCAUCCCCCCCAGCCCGAGGAGGGGGUUGAUGUUGCCAAAGCCUCUGUGCGUCUCCAAUAAACCGUCUCCUGCA